GCUCCAUCCCUUAAACCCUCCUCUCUCAUUCUCAAUUUCCCACACCGAAAAUACCGUCUGCGACUCCGACAUCGAAGAGUUUCUUCAGUAUCUUAUCCUCCAACAAAUCCAGCCAUGGCGUUUCGAAUCAAAGAAAUCAUCACCUAAUUUUUUAUUUUAUUUUCAAUUUUUCUGGAAACGGGCUCGAGCAUUGUAAGCAAUGGCAACUCUUUAUCCUUCUCACUUGUUAUCUGCCUCCCCCCACCUCCAAGGCUCCGCUAAAAUCAACCUUCGGGCUCAUGCUCCUCCUUCUGUUCUUGGGCUCAAGGGUUUGGCACAGUGUAGUAAACUGUAUGCCUUUGGUCAGAGUGUUAGGCUUUCUGGGUUGCGUCAGAAUUCUCGGCACUAUAUCUCGUGUGCGAUAAAUAUGACUGCAGGACAGUCCGAUGAACCUGGGAAGAUAAAAUUCAAUCACCUGAUUAAUAAAGCAAGAAAAUUGUGGGAAAGCUCUCCACAGCCAGUCAAGAUCUUCCCUUGGAAAAGGGCCGUGCAAAACUUUAUUCAACUCAUCCUUGACCUUAUACUAGCAGUUGUCAAAUACUUAUCUGUACCUUUGCUGGCUGUUUCCUCCCUUAGUGAAAUGUCCUACUGUGCACAUGCGAAGAAGUUGUUUUUAGUUCCUAUUCCAGUCCUCAUUGGAAUGGCUAUUGCGGAAGUCUUAAAACUGGCAGCCUUGGAUGCUUCCCCACUUCUUAAGGAUGCAGAAGUUCCCUGGCAUCUGAUUGUCAUGGCAAUCUUCUUCACACUGCUCAAAUUGCCAGGUCCAUAUUACCCAUUCUGGGGGAAAAUUUUGAUCCCACACUUGGCUAAUGGGGGGUUGUUAAGGACAUUAUGGUUUGCAUUUUUGUGGUAUAGAAGACCCCAAAGGGUAUUGAGAAUGGCACCGUCACAAAAUUCUGAAAGUGGCAGUCAAUCUGAAGUUGAACCAAAUAAGCUCUAAUUCUUGCGUCCAAACCUGCACCAGGUGAAAUUUUAUCCAAUGCGGUGAUCAGUGCUAUUGAUUGUGAAAUUACUCAAAGUGGGAAGUGGCAUCAAUUUGGAGCUCAAACGGUGGUUCUGAAGAUGCCUUUGGUGGUGAUAACUGCUACACUCGUUUGCCUAAUUGGACAGCCUUAUUUGCUCUUUAUGUUUCUUUUCUUUGUUGUGGGAGAGGGAGACUUUGCAAAUGUCAGACUAUUCUUUUUGUUAGGGUAUAACACACUAGCAUCUUUAUUACGCAGCCGGCAGCCGGCAUCGCACCAUCUCAAAGAAGUGUUGAUACUUCGUCUGUAAAUUGUUGAAGCUCUCUGUCCUGAUUGAAUCCACUCAAGCAUUCUUCUGCUUGGGCUACCAACAUAUAAAUGGUAUGAGAGCGAUGACUUGAGGAAUUCUUGGUCAUUCAAAUUGUCAAUUUGAGAUAUUUGAUCUUGAGGAAUUCUUUGUACGCUAAAUGCGAUGUCUAUCGGCAAGGACAUGUUUUCUUGGUU